AUGCCCAAACCGGAGACUUGCGAUUGGACGCUUAGUAGUGUCGACGACAAGAAGAUGGCCGUAGGAGCGAUGCACUCUGUCGAGUCCAGCCGUUGCGAUGCAACUUGUAUUUUCAUGUCAGAUCUGCCUUGGCCGUGGAUCGUCCAGCGAGCAGUGUCCUUCACGGCAACCGCAUCGUCGUUUGUGGGUCAUCUGACUGCCGUCCUGUGCUCCUUGUCCGGGGUCGAGGACGACGAAUCGACAAACGUUCGUAUACUGGUCGGGAACGACCACUUCGACUCCAUGACGGUCCACGGUGGGCGGUUGUUGGACGACUUGGAGCGUGCCGCGAAUGUCGUGACAGGUGGUUACGAGGUGUACCCGUUGAUCGGCGAAACAGCUGUUCACGUCGUCGGCCGACCGACGGCGGUCGCGAAGUUUGCCUGUCUGCUGGACGAGUCGCUGUGCGAUGAGACAGGGGCGGUCGUGGCCGACGGUCGGCUCGUCGUGAACCGACAGCCGAUCGAACAACGAAUCGGCACUGCGACUUUCGGAACUGCCGCAAGAUGGCCUUUUCGAGUGCCCGUUCGAAAUGUCCGGCGUGUAGUCACAUCGUCCCCCAGGAUUGUCACACAGCCAUCACGACCAGAAUACGUGGUAACCGAUCGGCCGAUCGUGGAACACUCUUCGCGGUCACUGGUAACUGAACCAUCGACCAGGUGUGUAUCGGCUCGGAGUAGACCCCAGGCCAUGUACAAGGCCGCAUGUACAUGGGGAUGA